UUGUUUUGAGUUGCUGGAAAGCGUUUUCGAAAGGAACGCACUUGGAUGUGUUGUCGCCAGCCAAGUGAGAUGCGCUCAAAUCUGAAACAAUGUUAUGGUUACUAUAUGUCAAGUACAAAACGGUAGAAAGACAUAGCUCAGCAGUGAAAUACGUUAAAGUAUUUGCGGGUCAUUCGAAAACAGCCGCAUCUGCUAAGAAGCACCCAAAAACAUUUAAAUUCAAAAAAUUUUCAAAAUAAAAAAAAAACCUAAACUGCAGCCACGCCCGCUCCUGCCCCCAAAAUUCAAAAGCCUCUAUCUAGCGGAAUUUUAAAGGCAUAUUUGGACGGAAGACUACUAAAAAUCUCCUUCAAGAUCGUGAUGACAUUUGAUGAUAAAUGAUGCAGCUGCCUGGCAUCAAUAAGCCUGGCUGCAUUCCCACCAUCUCCACCAGCAGCAUCAUCAUCCCCCAGCGCUUUGCUCGGAGGGCGGCCAGAGUUGCCUCCACAUCCACAGCGACAGUCACAACCCUAUCGAUGUCCAUGACGCAAAGCGGUAGGAGCAUGCUCAACAGGACAAUGACAUCCAUAGCCACAGCCACAACCACAUCAACAUCAACAUCGAUAUCCACACAUUCGACAACAAGCAGCAGCACAUCAAAGUUACCAUCGCAAGUCAUCAGUGGAUUGGCGGAUGUUAUCAACGGCACGGAGCUGGAUAUGACGGCAGCAGCAACAGCUGUUGGCCUCGAUGCCGCCGUUCCCGAUCCUAGCACCACCAGCUCGUCCUGGAACUCAACAUUCUCAACAGCCUCGGCCAACAGCUAUGACAACUGUGCGGCAAUGUUUGCCAACUACACCCAGCCAGUAACAGGCCUGUAUUGCAACUGGACUUGGGACUCGCUGCUCUGCUGGCCACCAACGCCGGCUGGGGUCAUGGCACGCAUGUAUUGCCCCGCCGGCUAUCACGGUGUCGAUACGCGCAAAUUUGCCAUUCGGAAGUGCGAACUAGAUGGCCAUUGGGGCAGAAGGCCCAACGAUACCGAGCUGAAUACCGGCGGCUGGACAGACUAUGCGCCAUGCUACAAGCCCGAGGUUAUACGCCUCAUGCAGGAGAUUAAGGAUGUGAACGUCUACAUGGAUAUAGCACAGCGAACACGCACUCUGGAAAUUAUCGGACUCUGCCUAUCGCUGCUCGCCCUAAUCAUAUCCCUGGUGAUAUUUUGCGCCUUUCGCUCGCUGCGCAACAAUCGCACCAAGAUACACAAGAACCUGUUCGUUGCAAUGGUAUUGCAGGUGAUUGUGCGACUGACCCUUUAUCUGGAUCAAUUUCGACGUGGCAGACCGGAAACGGCUACCAAUGCAAGUGUAUCGAUUAUCGAGAAUACGCCAUAUCUGUGUGAGGCAUCGUAUGUGCUGUUGGAAUACGCUCGCACCGCCAUGUUCAUGUGGAUGUUCAUUGAAGGUCUCUACUUGCACAAUAUGGUCACUGUGGCUGUAUUCCAGGGUAACUUUCCGCUCAAACUAUUCGCGCUGCUUGGCUGGGGCCUGCCCGUACUAAUGACCUUCGUGUGGGUCCAAUGCACAGCGAUAUUUAUGGACACCACUGUUGGCGAAUGCAUGUGGAAUUACAAUCUAACACCCUACUAUUGGAUACUGGAAGGACCUCGCCUCGCCGUCAUCUUGCUGAAUUUCUUCUUUUUGGUGAAUAUCAUACGUGUACUGGUGGUGAAGCUGCGUCAAUCGCAGGCCAGCGAUAUCGAGCAGACCCGCAAAGCGGUACGGGCGGCAAUUGUGCUGUUGCCCCUGUUGGGCAUUACGAAUCUGUUGCAUCUGGUACCGGCUCUGAAGACCGCUUGGAAGUUUGCCGUUUGGAGCUAUGUGACACACUUCUUGACUUCGUUUCAGGGCUUCUUCAUAGCCCUAAUCUAUUGUUUCCUCAAUGGCGAGGUACGCACAGUGCUGUUGAAGAGCCUGGCCGUCUGGAUGUCCGUCCGUGGACACCCCGAAUGGGCACCCAAGCGCGCUUCCAUGUACUCGGGCGCCUACAACACCGCACCAGACACGGAUGUUGUGCAGCAGCCAGGCGAGGCGAUCUCAACGAGCAGAAGGGUGCCGCCGCCGAUUAAGCGCCUGAAAAGCCGCAAGGCCAACAACGUUACCAUCGUCAUCAGCAAUGAGCCGCAGCAGCAGCAGCAGCAGCAUCAAAUGCUGCAACAGCGCAACACCAACAACAACUCGACAAACGGUAGCAGUCCACGCACCGUCGAGGAUGACACCGGAUCGGCGAUGGCAACACGCAUACGGAGCAAGGAAUCGUCGGCUGGCCGCUCCAACUGGAUGACGAACCUGUGCUUUCGCGGCAAAAAGAACAAAUGUGUGAUGCCUGGCGCUCAAGUGUCGCAGCAAAUAUUUAUGACGUCACAGCUGCCGACGUCGACAACAGCAUUGGCAACAAUAACAACAACAACAGCAACGGCAACAGCAGCAACGACAGCAGCAGCAGCAGCAACAACAACAACAAGAGCUGCAGUCGCCGCUGUUACAACCACAACUGCAUUAGCCGCCGCAGCAGCCGCAGCAGCAGUCGCAGCAGCAGCAAAUACUACAAAAGCAGCAAUCGCCUAAAGCUUACAGCAAGCGCUUUUGCUCUUACUACUAAUCUAACGGUCUAAUUUAUUUGUAUUGGACUCUUGCUUUCUCUUUCUCUGUCUCUCUCUCAC